AACCAAGAAAAUGACAAAAUUAGGUUUGGAUUGUACUUGGCUAGGGAUGAAAGCGAAAGCUACCAAUGAAAGAACCAGCCAAGUAAACAUAACGAGUGAAAUUUGUCUGCUUUGUGAGGUUAGGAAACAUCACGCUGUGAUGUCACCUUGUCACAGUAUAUGCUGGAGUACGUGACACAUGUGCAUUUUAAAAUACUCCAGAUUCUCGAUAUUUUUUUGUGCCGCCCUUGGAAACAGUGUAAAAAAGAUCUAUUUUAUAUUAUGCAAGAAGUAAUUAAUCUUCUGAAAUUUGAAUUUACAGAGAUUUUGCAGGAUCGCAGUGACAUAAAAGUCGUAAUAAAAACAACGGGAAAAAGUUUACAAAAGCGAGUGUAAAUUAAAAGGGCCCCAUUAAAGCCAUUACCUUUAUUUUAUACUGAUACAGAUCAUGUAUUAUCCGCUGAAACACAGUAUUACAUCUCACACAAGGCACGACGUGUUAUCUUCAAACAAAACGACGAUGACAACACAAAAUCGGGGGUGACAUUUUGCUUGACCUUUUCAUCACUUUUGUUGAUUUUAAGAACCGAUUCGAUUCUCUUCAUUCAAGAAUGGCUCGAUCUUAUGAUGAGAGUGGCACGAAAUUGAUACAAGUUUAGUCUACAUCGCACUGAGCUGUGCAUAGACUCCUUUACAAAAAUACAAUAUGUUAAAGUUAUGCAUCAAUCAAAACCGUUUCGGAUAUUCAGGGAAAAUUUUCUGGGUUGCAUCCUUGGUAACCAAGGCGUAUAAUCUUCCGUCGCUCGUUCCUCACUCCAAGAGGAACGAACGCGACAGAAGAUUUUUACGCCUGGGUUCCCGAGGAUGAGGGGGAAGAUGGAAAGAGUUUAUGGUUGGAGUUUAUGGUCUCCACUCCCACUCCUCCCUCAAAAUGGUUUUGGCCCAAAAGGUCCUUGUAAAGCUCAUGCAAGAACAAUAAGAUUUGCCAGACGACCGGAAACUAAGUCUAAAAUUAAUCAACUUAAAAAUCUAAUUAACAUGCAAGAAAUUGCAAAUUUGAAAAAGACGCCAAUAACUGCUCCAAAAUUGAAUGUUUUAAAUUGGAUGUUUUGUUGUUUUUAUGUCUGCCAUUGUGAGUAACGAACUUAGCGAAAUGCUAUGUCAUAUCCAGGCUGAUAUCAUUUACAAAGCAAAUAGCGUGACUCACUGCUGCAGAGUUCAUCCACAGCUCAGCAAACACACGCCCUGUAAAACUGAGCUGAGCAAGAAAAGCAAGCAUGUCUUGGCUGGUUCUCGCACUGGUAGCUUUCUCUGGCGUUACUUGCCAUGCACAAUCUAAGCCCAACUUUGUUCUAUUCUUGGUUGACGAUCUUGGUAUUGGUGACAUUGGAUGUUUUGGGAACAAAACUAUCAAGACACCAAACGUCGACAGGCUGGCAGCAGAAGGAGCGCGUCUUGAUCACAACUUAGCACCAGAAUCGGUUUGUACUCCGAGUAGGGCUGCCUUUGUGACAGGUCGCUACCCUAUACGAAGUGGGCUGGCUUCGAAUCCUGAUCAGCAUCGCAUGUUCUUGUAUUUGUCGGCGCCUGGUGGAUUACCGCAGAAUGAAACUACUUUUGCUGAGGUGUUACAAGAUGUUGGUUACUCCACAGCAAUGGUGGGAAAAUGGCACUUGGGUUUGAACGACAAAAAAUCAGAUGACUACCACUUCCAUCCCAUGCGUCAUGGCUUUCAACAUUUCUACGGUCUUCCGCUGACUAAUCUUCGAGAAUGCGAAAUUGGGGGAUCCAAUUUGGUAGAACUUGUCUUCCCAAGACUCAGAGGAAACUUGAUGUACAGCUUGUUGUUUGCCUCAUUAACUGGGAUCCUAUGUUGUUCAUUUGGUUUGAUAUCUAAGCGGUCAGCAAUCAUGCUCUGUCUUCUGGCUGGCUUGGGCUUUGCAGGUCUUCGUCUUCUAAUGAAACUGCGCACUCAUGGUACAUGCAUUUUAAUGAGAGAUUAUGAAAUAGUGGAACAGCCAGUUCUCUUAGAGAAUCUGACAGCAAGAUUUACUGACUAUGCUAUUGACUUUAUUGAACAAAACCAACAAAAACCGUUUGUACUUUUCAUGUCGUACGCCAAGGUACACACGGCUUUGUUUACCACUAAACCAUUUGAAGGUCACAGCGUUCAUGGUCGCUACGGUGAUAACGUGGAAGAGAUGGACUGGAGUGUGGGUGAGAUCAUGAAGGCGCUAGACAAACUUGGUCUAAAGAAGAACACGUUUGCGUACUUUACAUCUGAUCAGGGACCUCACUUGGAAGAAUCUCUUUAUGGAGAAUAUCAAGGAGGAUGGAGAGGGAUCUAUACAGGAGGUAAAGGGCAAAGUUGGGAAGGUGGUAUCAGAGUACCGACAGUAGUUUCCUGGCCAGCUCGUAUUCCAAAAGGUAUCAGCAUCAGCGAACCAACCAACAGCUUAGAUGUCUUCCCAACCAUUGCGCACAUAGCUGGAGCACCGAUUCCUAAUGACAGAAUCAUCGAUGGUAAAGACCUGAUGCCUUUGCUUACACAACAACAGAAAGUGUCUCCACAUGAAUUCAUGUUCCACUACUGUGCCAAAGAAAUCCACGCAGUGCGCUACAGGCCUCGCGAUGGAAAGACAACUUGGAAAGCUCAUUUCAAGACACCGAAAUGGAUCGAUGGAACUCAAGUAUGUUAUGGAUUAUGUCUAUGCUACGAGGGUUUUUCAGUUGACCAGAACCCACCGUUGCUGUAUGAUAUAACGACUGAUCCAACUGAAAGUCAUCCUCUAGACCCAAAUGAUAAAGUGUACAAGAAGGUCCUUCAAUCUAUCAACAAAGCUGUUGAUGACCAUACAAGAAGCAUCGAUGAAGUGCCAAAUCAACUGGAUAACAACAAUUGGUGGAGAGGCGGCUUUUCUGGAGUGCAGCCUUGCUGUAAUCCUCCGUUCUGUUCGUGCUCUGAAGACGGUAAAACUAAGCACUACCCUGAAGUAUGAGCAAGAUACACAAAAGCGCCAAGAAAUGGAUACUAAUUCAUUAGGAAGAUUUUCAAUUUUUUAAACUUAAAAAUGAGUAUUCAGAGAAAACUUGUUUUAGUGAUUUCCAAAAUCUGAUAAUAUAGUUCUUUUCUGAUGAUUUCCUGCCAGUGAUCAUGAGUUUGUUAAUUUGUAAACUUAAUAAAGAUUAAGAGUGCAUUAAAUGUCACAGUAAAUCGUUGAAAAAUGUUAGUAGAACAUAGCGAUGCUCCUUCACAGAGCUUAUCAUCACAUUCAUUAAUGCGAAGGCCUAGCCAAAUUGAGUAGAGUGUUGUAAAUGUUAAAUAUCCAUCCAAUUAUUAAAACUUUAUCAAAUAUUCA